UUUUUAAAUGUAUUUGUUGUUGAAAUCUAAUAUUUAGUAGAUUUUGUAUUUAUAAGCCUGACUUGAGCUUUUAAAUGUGUUUUUGUAGGAACCUGAUCCUGUUGGCCUUCCUUUGCAGUUUCAGGUGCAGGCUAUAUAUAAAUGAUGAUCUCAUUCUAUCAGGUCAUAUUUUUUUCAUCAUGUGAUAUUUCACAAGGUUCUAGAUAUUAAAGAACAACUGGAUUUGGUUUAGUUGUUGAAUACAAAUUAAAGAUCAGUUAAACUAAGACAGUGAGGUUCGCUUAGGAUUCCACAUUCAACCAGCGAUGCCUCGAGGCCCGAAUGUCUCACCCAACACAAAACAGAGGACAUCCAUACUGGUUUUACUUCAUGGAAACCAGUUUACUGACCUGCCAAACAAUGUGGGGGACUCUAAACAAACAAACAAACAAACAAACAAACAAACAAACAUGGUCUUCCUUUAAAUAAUUUUUGCUAAACAAUUUCUGUGUUGUUUGAUUGAAAUAUAUAUCUAAAGAUGUUUUAUUGUAUUUUAUCUGAGCAGCUGAAGGCACGAGCCUCGCGCCUCUCCACGCAGCCUGCUGGUGAUUGGUCCGUGGACAGGCCUGCUCUGGAGCAGCUGCCGUCAUCCCGUCAGACUCCGCUGGCGGAUCAACCGGAUGGGCUGCGGUCCGCUCGGCUCUGUGUGGACACAUCAGACAGAUGGAUCUGAGAUGAGAUAGCGUCCUCUCUGUCUCCGCCGAGCUGCUGCAGCGCCGCGCACGCACCACAGACGUGGGCACUUUCCAGCCGCAAACACCUGACUACAGGAAUUUCACCUCAUUCUGCGCCUGAGCUGCGGCUUUUCCAGGAAAAUUGGAGUGUUUUUGCAAGUAAUCGCCUCCUGGAUGACGGUCCCGACGUCCUCCAGAGGUGAUGUGAGCUGAGCGGGGAGCCACAGAGGAGCUGUCCGUCUGUCGAGGUGCUGAUGCGGCUGUGACAGGAGCGAGUAUGGCCGCCGGGAAGUUAUUGCUCUACACCGGGCUCUCUUUGUCUCUUUGCGCCUUGGGCAUGCUGGCCGUGGCGAUGUGCUCCGACCACUGGUACGAGACCGAUGCCAGGCGGUACAAGGAGCGGUGCCGAAGCUUUUCCAGCCGCCGCAAGGACCCGGGCUUCAUCUACAUCCCCAACAACAGCCUGCCGCUGCGGGCCAGCCGGAGCAGCCCGCCUCGCUGGGAGGAGAAGCUGUUGCUGGGCCGGAACCGGCGGCAGCUGUUCGCUAUGAGCGCCGCAGAUGAAUGCAGCAGGCAGUACAACUCCACCAACAUGGGGCUGUGGAGGAAAUGUCACCGACUGGGCUUCGACCAGGAAAUAGAAGAUCUGAUUCGGAAAGGUUCCAUUGCAAGGUGCUCCUACAUCAAGUACCACUACUCCUCGGCUACAAUACCCAAAAACCUCUCCUACAACAUCACCAAGACAAUAAGGCAGGAUGAAUGGCACUCCCUCCAUUUGCGGCGGAUGACGGCUGGUUUCAUGGGCAUGGCUGUGGCUAUCAUCCUCUUCGGCUGGAUCAUUGGUGUGCUUGGCUGUUGCUGGGACCGAGGCCUCAUGCAGUACGUAGCCGGCCUCCUCUUCCUCAUGGGAGGAACCUUCUGCAUAAUCUCCCUCUGCACCUGUGUUGCCGGCAUCAACUUUGAGCUUUCUCGUUAUCCGCGCUACCUGUACGGCCUACCUGACGACAUCGGCCACGGCUACGGCUGGUCCAUGUUCUGUGCCUGGGGAGGUCUCGGCCUCACGCUCAUCGCUGGCUUCUUCUGCACCCUGGCUCCCUCCGUCCAGCCGAUACCCAGAUCCACCUGCCCCAAGUCCCGGCAAGAGAACGGCACCGUCUGCUAAAGUCGGCAGCUGGAAACAACCGGAAAAAGACUUUUUUUCAUCCGUCUACUCAUCUCUAUCCUGGCCACAGUUUAUUUUCUUUUUAAUAUGUGUGUGUGUGUGUGUGUGUGUGUGUGUGUGUGUGUGUGUGUGUGUGUGUGUGUGUGUGUGUGUGUGUGUGUGUGUUUAAAUUGGGUGUCUUGAUGAUCUGCUAUCUUAAAAAAAACAGAAGAACUGAAGAACUUACCAUGAAAAAUCUAACUUGUGCUUGUUUUAUUGUUGUGGAGCAGAUGUGGAAAUGGACAUGGAAGGACAUGGAGGCAGUGAAGGACUGAGUGGAGGAGUGUGAGUGGCUGGUCACUAAGUGUGACUAAAUAUAAAGCUGGACACUCUGGAUGUUCAGACAAAACUGAGCCAACGGGGCUAAAUCAGGGGUAUCGUAGAGAAACAAUCAAACAGUGAGGAUCAUGUGAAGACGUUUUCUGUGGCCUGUUGGAUAAUUCUUCAGGAAUGGACCGAACAUGAACCAUGUGACUUGUCAGGGCCCGUUCAUGGCUUCUGAACAUCCUCCAGUUCGACGUUACUGGGACGAAGUGAGAAGACUUUCACUCUAUUGUACAUUUAUUGUACAGAAUAUUCCAGAAAAGUAUUCCAGAAAAGUAACAACAAGGAAUCGUCCUGUUGGAUCAUUGUCAUUUCUUGUUCUGAUGAUCCUGUAUGCUGUGUAGACUUUUUACAUGCAUUUGUCUUUUCUUCAUUGUGUAUUUUUCUUUUUACUGAACCUUCAAGUUGUGAAUGAACUGAGUGUACGCUCAGAGAAGAUUUUUUUCUUUUUGAGUACGUGUGUGUGAAUGUGUGUGUGGUUAGAUUGUUUUGCAGUCUAUGUAGAAAACAAUUCUUAAAAAAAUGACCUUAUAACAAAGUGGAGACCUGGCUAUGCAGACAUGCAGGAGAUGGAUGAGCAGAUAGAUGGUGGAGCUGCUGUAUGACGAGGGCAGCAUGUUCAGCUCAGUACUUUGCUGCACUGAGCAACUGUGACGUAAUUAAACCUAAGGAACUUUUUUUCCCCACACCCUGGUUUUUUUGUCUCCUGAGAGGAGGGUAAAUGGUACAGUAUAUAUGCACAAGUUCUAGAAGGUCUGGUGUCAUUCAGCUGAUGCCUCCUGCAGGUCUCAGCCAACAUCCAUGACUCAGACAUAUGCUGGAAAGCCUUCAGUAUUACUGUGUACAUUAGAAAGGAUGAAAUGUUAAUCAGCAGCUGGGUGUUUAGGCUGUGAUGGAGGGAACAGAUACUAACAUCCAGUUAUCCAGAGCUCAAAAUACAGCAGCCAUACAGACACUGAGAGGAGUGAGGUCCAGCUGGAAACCCAACAUUUAUCCAGUCCAGAAACCAAAUCUAAACUGGUAUCGAUUCAAUAAUUCUGGUUAGUUACUGCUUGGGUCAGUUUUCUGUAGCUUUGACCAUCCCUUGGUUAUUUACUAACAUCAGUAUUCCACUUCUGACAGAUUAGGUGGAGUUCUCUGUCAUGUUUUUGCAUGUGUGCUUAAAGAAACCUGGAAAUGCUGAAAUCGUCUGAUAUGAGGACUGGUAACGUUCCAAUACCAGUGAAACCAGUUUUGGAUGCAUGAAGAAGCAGAAUGCAGUGAUGGGAAAUGCGGAUGUGAGAAAGUCUGAAUUUUUGUCUAAUCCUCUUUUUCUACACAUCACAAAGCUUUGCAAGUCCAACAUGAUUCCAACAUUAUUCUAGGAUUCCAAAACCACCCGUGGGAUGAAAUGAGGAUACACCGUCUGUACAUGCAUCCUGAUUUAUCUCUCAUUCAUGGCUCCCCUUCACUACUCUGGCUGGAUAAGUUAAAAACAGGAAGAUAUUUCUUUCUUGCUUUGCCAACAUUAUUGGGUCAGAACACUAAUAUGGUCUCGUGCAAAGUAAAUCCAAAUAUGCAAAAGUUCAAGGUUCAGAUAGGAAUUUUCAUGAGUUUCAAGCAUACAGUUGUUAUUACUGUGUUCAUGUGGGGAGACGCGUUAACGGCCUCCCAGCCAAUGCUGCUUGGACCAGUAGAAAACAUGCAUUACCUGUUUGACACCUCAUCACUUGACAGUUUGUGUGUCUUGACUUGUUGGACAAUUGUAUAACUAUGUUCAUGAUCUCAGAAACUAACUUUUUUUUUUAUUAUUAUUAUUCAUGAAAUAAAAAGACCCAAGACAUAAUAACAUGAAUUAUUCGUUAAUAAGAGAAUGUUCCAGGUCUGUUAGUGGCUCUCAUGUAACACAUUGUGGUUCUCCUGAUGAGCAGCAGCUGCAUCACAUAACAUCUAUUAGGUAGGUAGAAUUCACUGUAGAAUGGGCUGGAAAAAAAACAUCAUUUCAGAAACAGUAACAAGGUAGAACUUGUGUGUGGUUGUAAAUUCAUUCAGUAAUGUUCUAGAUUAAAAUAAAGUAGUUUUGUCUCCA